UUUCUUAUAGACCUUACUUUUAGCAGAACUUAAAGUUAGCUGUCUAUAUUUCUAGGUACAUCUGAAACUUUCUUAUGCCCGACUGUCAUAUGGAAACUUUAAACGGGGCAUGUCAUCAUUAUUGGUAGAUCAAGUGAAAAUUAAAUUUGUCAACAAAUAUAAGAAAAGUGAUAAAAUUAUUCUAAAUAUGUAUCUAUUAUUUGUUAUAAGCAUCUUGUCUUUUCUCAUGGCAUUCCACAAACAUCUAACACAACCGAUUCUGAAUUUCAUUUCACAAGAUUCACAGAAAGUUAAGGAAUUGAAGCAGGAAAGAUCAAAAUUAAAAGCACAGCUUGAACGUACGCCUAUGAAAGAACAAUAUACAGAGUUUGUUAAAAUUGAAAGAAAGAUUUGCAAGAUUGACAUUCAAAUUAAAGAUUCAAAUGAAAGUGACGUACUGAAGAACUUUCUCAUCAAUCAUGGAAUCAACUAUGGUAUAAAGAUCAUUGUCGGCCUCAUGUUAGUUUUUAUAACACUGUUCAAUCGAAAACACGCUGUUAUUGUAUUCAGUGACAAGUUCAAUUUCGCACCGUUUUCAGGGCUCAUUUCCUAUCCAGCAAACAUCAAAAACUGCGUUUCCUUACCAUUUUGGUUGUUCGUCAAUAAUUAUACAUUUCGUCAAAUCGCUAGUCAAAUAAAAUAAAGUAAUAGAAAAAUACAAUA